UAUAGCUAUGUACACAAAUAAUAAUCAUUCGCCGGGUUUCAUGAUUUCCUAUUAAUUUAUUGGCAUUUCGUCCUCUUAGUUUUGAAUAAGUAUUAGGAUCUUCGUAACAGCCAAAUGUUUUAGAAUUGACUCGGUUUUCCUCCUUUUGUAGUGUUCAACUGAACCUUUGAGGUUAAGUCGUCUGGAGUACAACAUUAUUGUUCUGUUUGUCUUUAACCUUAUUUAAAAGUGUAAGAUAUAAUUUAUCUUAUUAUUUUUUUAAAAUAUUCAUUAAUUAUUUAUCCCAAAUUUUACUUUUAAUAUUCAUAAACUUGUCUAGUCAUGGAAAACGGGAACAAGAGUACAGAGCCGUCAUUAAUGGAGAGCACAAGACGUAGAAUGCCAGAGGAGAUGUUCCAACCUCUAAUAGAAAGGGAUAGUGAGGAAGAGCGAGUAACAGUGAGGCCAGGAGCCAACCCACUUCAUGGUGAUAGAGGCAACAUUGCUCUACUCCUUUUCCUCUAUACACUACAGGGAGUUCCACUUGGACUGGCGGCCGCCAUGCCAAUGCUACUGCAAAAUAAGGGCGUUGACUACAAAAAUCAGGCAAUGUUCAGCUUGGUUACCUGGCCGUUCAGUAUAAAGCUGUUGUGGGCUCCUAUUGUAGACGCCUUGUUCUCAGAACGAUUUGGACGGCGUAAAACAUGGCUAAUACCAGUGCAGUACCUGCUAGGAUUGUUCAUGCUGCUGCUCUCUUACCAUGUCAACUACUGGAUCACAGACCCAAAUGGGCCACACAUCGUCCUGUUGACUAUCAUGUUCUUCAUUCUCAAUUUCCUGGGUGCUACACAGGACAUAGCAGUCGAUGGUUGGGCCAUCACCAUGCUUAAGAAGCAGAACGUUGGGUAUGCUUCAACAGCUAACUCAGUGGGACAGACAGCUGGCUACUUCAUAGGUUAUGUCGUCUUUACAGCCCUAGAGUCUGCGACAUUCUGUAACAGCUACCUGCGUACAGUACCUCAGUUUGAAGGCAUUGUCACUCUGCCCAGUUUUCUGUACGGCUGUGGUUGGGUGUUUCUGUUAACUACGACACUCGUAGGAGUGAUGAAGACAGAACUACCGCCCAGACCAGAGGAUGAGCCGAGCCUGGAUAUUCUUGGAACUUACAAACAACUACUGAGGAUCAUAAGGCUACCAGCUGUGAGGAACCUCGCUUUGAUAUUCCUUACUGUCAAGGUGGGCUUCAGUGCUUGUGACAGCGUGACCACACUAAAACUGAUAGAGGGCGGAGUCCCUAGAGCCAAGUUUGCGAUGAUCGCUGUAUUCCUUGUCCCUCUACAGAUUGGACUGCCUCUGUUGCUAUCGAAAUACAUUGUCGGGCAGACUCCAUUGGAUAUGUACAGCCGUGUGUUUCCUUAUAGGUUAAUAUUCAACUUAGUGGCAGCUGCUUUUGUAUGGGUGACACCUCGUCUUAUCACGGAAGGGGACGUCCCAAACAGUUAUACUGUUAUACUUGUCAUCUUAUUUGGAUUCCAUCAGGUGACUAUGUACACGAUGUUUGUGUCACAAAUGGCGUUCUUUGCACGCAUCAGUGACCCUGCGUACGGAGGAACAUACAUGACUCUUCUGAACACCCUCUCUAACUUGGGGACCACAUGGCCUAACUCUCUUAUCCUACUAUUUGUUGACACUUUUACGUUCAAAUACUGCUCUAACAAUCCAACUAAUACUUGUCUCAGGACGGAUUUAAUAGAGGCUUGUACGAAAGAUGAAGGCUUCUGUCUUACGUGGAUUGACGGUUACUACAUUCUCACUCUGUUGUGCACAUUAUAUGGUCUACUAUGGCGAAGAUGGGGCUGUAAAGCUACCAGACAGUUACAAAGAAGAGACCUGAACGACUGGAAAGUAUCUCAGAGAGACAGAUAGCAGUCAAGCCUAGUCUAGUGAUUACCUUAUGUUGGCAAACUCACAUUACCUCAUGGAAAUGGUAUAUAUGUUGUAUCUACUUACUGCAAACUUUGCUCUUGAAAAGGUUAAAACUGUCAGAAAUAUAGCCUUCAUUUACGUUACCGGUAUCGGUAUAUAGUAAACAAAUUGUACUAUGGCCUAGUGUGAA